AUGGUUGGGUGCGAGCGGAUAUGCAUGUUGGAUGAAUAUCAGGGAUACCAUCAGGUGUCGCUCGCCCGUGACGAUCAGGAGAAAGUAAGCUUCAUAACUGCGGACGACGCCUAUUGCUACAACGUGAUGCCGUUCGGUCUAAAGAACGCCGGGGCAACAUACCAGCGCCUCAUGAAUAAGGUGUUCUGGGAGCAGAUCGGGCACAACCUGGAGGUAUAUGUGGACGAUAUACUUAUUAAAUUACUCCAAGCGGCGGAUCUUUGUGCAGAUAUAGAGGAAACUUGCCGAAUGCUGAGGAAGUACAGAGUCAGGCUGAACCCCCAAAAGUGUCUGUUCGGGGCAAAAAACGGACGCUUCUUGGGCUACAUUGUCACCGAGCAGGGCAUAGAGGCGAACUCCAGCAAGUUGGCCGCUCAGCGGUUUUUGGGAACCUUCGAGAUCAACAACACAAGGCUGAUGCUAUACGCGGAGGCCUUCGACAAACUCAAAAGCAACUUCGGCGAGGUUGUCAUACAGAAGAUCCCCCGAACGGAGAAUCAGGAUGCAGAUGAGUUGGCGAAGCUAGCGAGCUCGAUAACACUGAUCGUCAUCCAGGAACCGAUCGAGCAGGUAUCCUUAGUGGCUCACAUUGACAGGAUGGAGGGCCUCGCGUUCUCGAGCGACUGGAGGACGACCAUAGUGGAAUUUUUGCGAUCCGGAGCUGCCCCGUCCGAUCAGGCUGAGGCACAAUUGCUAAGAAAGAGAGCGGGCCGGUUCACCCUCAUCGGGGACCAGCUCUACAAGAAGGCUUUCUCCCGCCCGCUGCUAAAGUGUGUUAGCUCGGAAGACGCGGAAUAUAUACUGAAGGAAGUGCAUCAUGGAUCCUGCGGAGGGCACCCGAGCGGCCGUUCAUUAGCAAAGAAGAUCUUGCUAGCCGGAUAUUUCUGGCCAACACUGUAG